AACUGUGAUUGCUCACAGCUUGUCACAUGGUACAAGGCUGUUGUGAAUGGCCCUGUACCAUGUGAUCUCUAUGAUCAUUCACAGAUUUCACACGUAGUAAACACUGAUGUCAGAAGUGACAUCUUGCUUAUUACUAUUCAUGUGAUCACUGAUUGGCUAAUCAGUGAUCACAUGAUCGGGACCUCACACACGGAGGUCUUGUACACCAUUGAGAAAUACCGUGCGAGCUGUGAUUGGUCACAGCUUGUCACAUGGUACAAGGCUGUUGUGAAUAGCCCUGUACCAUGUGAUCUCUGUGAUCAUUCACAGAUUUCACACGUA